CUUGGGUUUCACGCGGCGGCUGCUGACAAGUCACACGAGGAUUUAGCAUUUUAGCUCGUACGCCGCGCAGCAAACAGCAACAUUCACACACCUUCAAUCGCAGGCGGGAGAUGAAUUAUUCACGCUUCAUCAAUGCAGUGAGCGCUGCGAGACGCACAUCCCCCAUCCGGGCUCUGACUGACCUGCAGCUGAAGGCUCCACCGAGCCUCAUCUCCCUGGCUACGGGGAUGCCAAACCCCAACACGUUCCCAUUUCUUGGGGUGAGCGUGGAGACACGGCCCCUGCACAGGGAGAAGCUACCCGGACCAUCCCGUCUGAAUUUCGACACCAAAACCGUUGCGAGGAUGCUGCAGUACUCGCCCACGGAUGGCAUCCCUGAGCUGAUUGACUGGUUCAAGCAGCUGCAGACGAGGGUUCACAACCCCCCGACGCGCAAAUUUGAAUCCACAGACACCGAGAUGACCGUGUGCAUCACCACAGGCAGCCAGGAGGCGAUUAGCAAGGUGUUUGAGAUGCUCAUCACCCCAGGCGACUACGUGCUCAUGGACACGCCAACAUACCCGGGCACCCUCAUCGCCGUGGAACCACUCGGCGCGCGUGUGCUGAGCGUAGCGAGCGAUGCACAGGGGAUGAUCCCGGCAGAUCUGCGACGCGUGCUCUCGCCGUGGUCUCCAGCAGACGCCCGCGUCCCUGCCUCAGGCAUCCCCCGUGUGCUCUGCACAGUCCCCAAUGGUGGCAACCCCACUGGAGCCUCGCUGAGCACCGACAGGAAACGGGAAAUAUACCGCAUUGCACGGGAGUAUGACCUCCUCAUCAUCGAAGACGACCCUUACUUUUACCUGCAGUUUAAAAAGCCCUGGAGUGAAUCUUUCCUCUCUAUGGAUGUUGAUGGAAGGGUCAUCCGCACAGAUUCCUUCUCCAAGAUCAUCUCCUCUGGCUUGCGUCUGGGUUUCUUGACGGGACCCAAAAAGUUGGUGAACCGAGUCAUCCUGCACAUGCAGACAUCGACCAUGCACACGUCCACCUUCUCACAGAUCUUGGUGUAUAAGCUUCUGGAGCAAUGGGGCAUAGAUGGCUUUCUCGACCACGUGGACAGUGUGGUGGAAUUUUACCGCUCUCAGAAAGAUGCAAUGGUCUCCUCCGCCCAGAAAUGGCUCACGGGUUUGGCCGAGUGGGAUUCGCCCCAGGCAGGAAUGUUCCUGUGGAUAAAAUUACUGGGGGUGGAAAAUUCACGAGACCUCAUCAUGAAGAAAGCCCUGGCAAAAGAGGUGUUGUUCGUGCCUGGAGCUGAUUUCUACCCUGGCUUGGAUGCAGUUUCCUCACACUUGCGUGCGUCAUUCUCAAUCACCAGCCCAAAGCUCAUCGAUAUGGGUCUUCAAAGACUGGCUGAGCUUGUUAGAGAUGAGGUAAAAAAAGCGUGAUUUACUGUGCACGAGCGUGCAUGCAUGCAUAUGCACACAAAUAAAAACGUGCCUUAAUUUUCACACAAACAUAUCCACACAGGUACAACAACAACCGGCAUUUGCAACUAAGUGGUGGUGAUGUUACCACAGCGCUUGUGCCACGCUAUGUGCACUUUAAGGCCACGCAUCGUGUCGAAUGCUCACUGCCAGGUCAUGGGUUGACUGAGAUGACUGGCAGAUGGUACCACCUGUGCCCCUGACUGCCACCCAGCGCUCUGCUCGUUGUUGUGAGCGUCACUCCUGUGCCCUCUGCUGUUUUUGGACGGCGACUACCUUCAACUCCACAGUUGCAGUCCUUCGCGAGCAUCCUCCACAGAGGCCAAUUUUGACUGGGUCAUGUAUUAUUUUAUUAUUUCCCUUCUACGUGACUUUACCGAAAGAACCAAGAAUAUGAAUCCCUGCAGUCACGAAAGCUUUAAAUCAAAAAUUUUACUGCUGGUACCAGUCAUUGGCAAGUCUACUCAGCUCCAUAUCCUCUCAUACCACAUAAUUCCACCUCUUCUCUCGCCAAUGCCACGCCCAUUUAGUCCUAUCUGCCCGAACAAAAUCUGUUUCGGCAUGCAAGCUACAUGACCCAGCCAAUGCAGCCUUGCCUGCCGAAGGAGCUCACCAAUGGGACUGUGUCCAGGUCUUUCAAGGAUUUGUGAUCUCGCACAAUCCAGCCUGGUUAAACCCAGGAUGGAUUGUAGGCAGGCCAGCCUGAAUGUUUCUAACCGCCAAAGAUGUUUGAAUACGGGGGUCAACAUUUCGCAAGCAUAGAAAAUGUAAGGACAUGACUGUGGCUGAGAACACCACCCAAAGCUUCCUUUGGAGUGGCAAACCAGGUAGCUUCCACAGAGCGUUAUGCAGCCAAUGAAAAUAUGCCGCUCAACUGAUUGGGAGUGAGACCUCUGCUGUAAAACCAUAGCCAGUCAUAAGCACAGUGCCCAGGUAUGGGAACAUCUCCACUCUCUCCACAACUCUCCCCAUCACCAAUGGGGAGUUGAGAGGGUGGAGUGUUUGAUGACACAAAAUACCCAGGCGUAAACCACUACCACCACUCCGCCUCCUGUUGAAGGGGAGGCGAGCCCACAGUAGCUGGGGACUUACAGCUUCCCACACCUCACUGCCACGCUCCUACACCCCCUUUAUUCUUUUGUUCAGAAGAGCCAUUCCAUGUUGUUUGGCUGUCUCCUCCCUGAUUAGAGGACUGACUAGUUCUCAGUGACUGCAGCCAGAACAAGUCCACCGGACCUCCUGACAACCGCAGAUCUAGGUGGUACCAGUCCAGCUCCCGAUAAGAGAAGUGGGAGCCUCUCCUCCACAGUGAACAUUCGUACAUUUCAAGUGGCCACUUGCAUAGGCUUUUUGCUGGAAGAACCCCGAGGGUACGGGUCCAGUCUUCUGGCUCCGUCAAAUGGGGUUUAGUCAGGAGACGUCGUAGAAACCUGUUCCUCUGAGGCGUCCGGAACAAGUUCGUUAUUUUUUGCAUGUUUUCGUCGUAAUUGAAAUGAAGGUGGAGGGGUUACCAGUCCCUCAUACCCAUCCAGAGCGCCCGUUGGCCGCUGUAGCGACAAGCGCCAUGAGGGAGAUAGCCAAUUGGAAUUGGCCCUCCCCCCAUGGCAUUGCUCCCAGCCACCACAGGGUUAUCAUCGGGCACCACCGAGAGGAUAUGGGAUUGUUCUUGCCAGACACACAGGCACAAACCGACAUACUGUAUCACACAUGCUGUUAUAUAAACAUUCACAACAUGUAAACACAUCAGACAUGUGCAAAACCAGUCUUUCGUGCACGUGCAAAACAUACAUAUGUGCAUAUCAGCAGAUACAGAAAGUCAGUCUUCCUGAUCAAUAAUGUAGAGUGCACAUCUCCAUUGGUGACCCUGAACCAGUGGUGGAACUCCACAUUACUAUGGCUGGCACUCUGCACAGGACAGCCAUCAAUUUCAUACGUUAUUGAUCCUGGAGGGCUGAUGAAGUUUUUUUCUUUUCACACGUAUACACAGUAGAGUACAUAUCUCUCCUAUGCUCAAACACACACGUACAAGCAUACCUCUUAUAGCGCUCAGGAUGCAUACUAGGUCACUAACAUGGUUCCGAUGGAGAUGCGUAUUGACAGCGCAAUUUUUUUACCUAUGAGCGAUACGAGGGCUUCAUUGGAGCAUCGGUAAUAAGCUUAAUGAUACUUUGCACAUGAUACAUAUAUAAAAUCAUUUCAUUAAUUCAAAUACAUUUUAAUACUGACAUUAAGUGAUGCACUUUCCAGAAAAUUGGGUGGGAGCUUGCGUGUAAGAUCAACUGUUUGCCGUAAUCACACGUUCCGUGGGAAGUUAUACUAACCUAUGGAAUUAUUCGAUACAUGGAUUGUCAAUGAAUUUAUGAAUUCACCCUCGAUGAAUCGAUACUCUAGCAUAGGUGUCAAAUCGACUGAGCAGAAUUAAUACAAUAGACCUCGAUGCUGGUUCCAAAGACAUGCCCCUAUUGGCAGCACCACAUCUACUUCCAUAUAUAUGGGCUGAUCCUCACAGUAAUUUUCCUUUAGGACAUUGCGUAAUAACGUAACAGCAUUAUAAAAGGCAGCACUGUGACAGAUAUGCCUGUACACAACAAGGACUAUGGCUGUCAUUCACCAUUUAACAGUGGUGACAUUACAUUAUCAUAUUGCUGGUGUUGCUUUCUGCUCGCCAUCGUUUCUGGAAGGUGGCUACCACCAGCCACUCAGUGGCAUCUUUCACAAUCUUAGCACUGCUGGCAAGUUUCCUUCAGCAAAUUCACUGAGCUGCAAGCUCAUCCUGUGUCGCAUCAGUCUAACUGCACCCACAUUAGCAGGACAUGCAGUGGCUGGGCAUGCUGGAUACAUGAUGCAGCCAAUGUACUUUAUUCUGACCUCCCAUCAAAGGGGGGACCCUGUUGUUACUCGAGACAUUCAGGGUCAGCCUGAAUGUCGCAAGCCAGAGCAGGGGUUUCCAUAAGGGAAUCCAGAGCAUUGCAGAGGUGAAGUGAUGCCACUUGACUGAUUUGUUGAGACCUCUGCUGCCAAACCAGUAGGUGGCAAUGAACUGCACGACGAUAAACCAUCUCAUUACUCAUGAAGACAAUGUGGCGUGUUCGAUUUUGUACACAAAAUAAAUCACCAGCAAUUGUUAU